CUUUAGCUAUGAGGAAAUGCCGCAGACUGUUCCAAUCAGGACAAUGCUGUGCCUGCAGCCCCCAGAGGGCACUGACUUGCUUAGCCAAACCCCAGACAUUUAAUUUGAAAGCAGAAGUGAAAGGAAGACAAGGUUCCUGAAAGGGUUAUUCUGACUUAGACUGGCUAUAAAAAUGCUAUUGGCUGUUAUUCUGCGUGGCCAAAGUGCACCCAGAAUGUCUUCUGUCUCCAUCCAGUGAGUUGGUUACUUUGGCUAAAAGGAGGCAAGCAGCACUCUGCUCUUCGGGGCAAAGAUGGAGCGGCAGGAUCAGUUCAAGAAGGAAGGGAGGCUGACGCUUGUGCUUGCCCUGGCAACCCUGAUAGCUGCCUUUGGAUCAUCCUUCCAGUAUGGGUACAAUGUAGCUGUUGUCAACUCCCCAGCAGAGUUCAUGCAACAAUUUUACAAUCAGACCUACUAUGACAGAACCGGCGAGUUCAUGGAUUCCUUCCCCUUGACGCUGCUGUGGUCUUUGACUGUGUCCAUGUUUCCCUUUGGAGGCUUCAUUGGAUCCCUCCUGGUCGGCCCCCUGGUGAAUAAAUUUGGCAGAAAAGGAGCCUUGCUGUUCAACAACAUAUUCUCCAUCGUGCCUGCGAUCUUAAUGGGAUGCAGCAAAGUCGCCAAGUCAUUUGAGAUGAUAAUUAUUUCCCGACUUUUGGUGGGAAUAUGUGCAGGCUUGUCCUCCAAUGUUGUCCCUAUGUACUUAGGAGAGCUGGCCCCUAAAAACCUGAGGGGGGCCCUCGGGGUGGUGCCCCAGCUCUUCAUCACUGUCGGCAUCCUCAUAGCCCAGAUCUUUGGUCUUCGGAACCUCCUCGCAAAUGAAAAUGGCUGGCCCAUCCUCCUGGGGCUGACCGGGGUGCCUGCGGCGCUGCAGCUGCUCCUGCUGCCCUUCUUUCCCGAGAGCCCCAGGUACCUGCUGAUCCAGAAAAGAGAUGAAGAGGCUGCCAAAGAAGCCCUAAAGACGCUGCGGGGCUGGGACACGGUGGACAUGGAGGUGGAGGAGAUCCGGCAGGAGGACGAGGCGGAGAAGGCCGCGGGCUUCAUCUCUGUGCUGAAGCUGUUCAGGAUGCGGUCCCUGCGCUGGCAGCUGCUCUCCAUCAUCGCCCUCAUGGGUGGCCAGCAGCUGUCCGGGGUGAACGCGAUCUACUACUAUGCAGACCAGAUCUACCUGAGCGCCGGCGUGAACGAGACCCAAGUCCAGUACGUGACAGCUGGCACGGGGGCCGUCAACGUGGUGAUGACCAUCUGUGCCGUGUUCGUGGUGGAGCUGCUGGGCCGGAGGCUGCUGCUGCUCCUGGGCUUCGCCGUGUGCUUCAGCGCCUGCUGCGUGCUCACCGUGGCCCUCUCGCUGCAGGACACGAUAUCCUGGAUGCCUUAUGUCAGCAUCGUCUGUGUCAUUGCCUACGUCGUAGGACACGCCAUUGGACCCAGCCCCAUCCCCGCCCUGCUCAUCACUGAGAUCUUCCUGCAGUCCUCCCGGCCGGCCGCCUUCAUGGUGGGGGGCAGCGUCCACUGGCUGUCCAACUUCGUGGUGGGCUUGAUCUUCCCAUUCAUCCAGGAGGGGCUGGGCUCCUACAGUUUCAUCGUUUUUGCCGUGAUCUGUCUCCUCACCACCAUCUACACCUUCCUGGUGGUCCCUGAGACUAAGGGCAAGACCUUCAUAGAGAUCAACCAGAUUUUCACCAAGAUGAAUAAGGUGUCAGAGGUCCACCCUGAAAAGGAGGAACUGAAGAAUCUUCCCCCUGUCAGCUCGGAACAGUAACUCCGGGGAAAAGAGGCCUGUUCAGUGAGUCUUCGUGGAGCUUCCCUUCGGCCUUUUUUCCUGACUUCUAGUCAUCUGUGAACAUUCAGGAGGAAGGCAGGUCUGGGUGGAAUGCGGCCUCUUUCCGGCCUCCCCGCCCUAGCAGGGACUGUCCACAGGCUUCUGUGCCAUGCCGAAAGCUGGGCUGUCUCCCUCCAGAUGGGCCUGUCACCCACCCUGAGUCAGGCAAACAGCUGGUCCUCUGCCUUGCUGGGCUCGCCAUUGCGUGGCUCCUGAUAACACAACUUUCCUAACAGAAAGGGGUUAAAUUUGCCGGGGAAACUAACUAACUCUUCUCCGUGCCUGCCCUGGCUGGGACCACAGGCGUUUGAUGAGAGCCAUUGUCAUCCUCUUCUCAGAACCUUCCCCAGACACAUUUGUGCUGGACAGUGUGAAGUCAGAAAUAAUGACAUCCAGAAAACUAGAUCUAGGGGACCUCUAGGGGAACGGAUCCCUGUGGAGAUAUUAACUGAGCGGAAUUAUUACUCCUAAAUUAUGUUGUUAGUGGGAAAUGGAGUUGA